AAAAAAGAUCCUCUGAGGAGGGCGCUUUUUUGUGAUGGCAACUUCUCUUCUAGGGGAGGAGCCGAGACUGGGAUCGACUCCUUUAGCCAUGCUCGCUGCUACCUGCAACAAGAUCGGCAGUCCGAGCCCGUCCCCGUCCUCCGUUUCGGAUAAUAAUAGCGCAGCCUUCGGGAAAGGUUUCCACCCGUGGAAGAGAGCCGCGUCCAGCAGCUGCAGCGUGGGCUCCAGCCUCUCAGGCUUCGGCGUCUCCGGGGUUUCGAGGAGCGGCCCGGGACUCACGGAUUCGUUCGCCGCCAGCGGCUCCACGGGUUCCAGUGCCUUUUCCCUGACGUCGGGCUCUUCGUCCAACUCGCACUUCGGAAAUGACUACUCCGUCUUCCAGGCGUCCGUUUCCAACUCGCCCCAGGAGCCCAACCACCAGCCCGUGUUCAUCUCCAAAGUUCACACGGCUGUGGACGGCUUGCAGGGCAUCUACCCGAGGAUGAGCGUCGCGCAUCCCUACGACACCUGGUUCAAGUCGUCCCAUCCGGGCAUACCUGCCGGGGACGUGGGGACCAGCGCCACUUCUGCGUGGUGGGACGUGGGCGCCGGGUGGAUCGACGUCCAGAACCCGAAUGGGGCCGCGCUGCAGACGUCCCUGCACUCCGGGGGGCUGCAGACCUCCUUGCAUUCUCCCCUAGGGGGGUACAGUUCGGACUACUCCGGUCUGAGCCACUCGGCCUUCGGUUCGAGCGCUUCGCCGCACCUCCUGACGACUGGCCAGCACCUGAUGGAUGGCUUUAAGCCCGUGCUGCCCUCGUACCCGGACUCAAGUCCAUCCCCUUUAACGGGCGCAGCGGGCACCAUGCUGACCGGAGGCCCCGCGGCUCCUCUAGCGGGAUCGCCCCGAUCGUCGUCGCGGCGCUACUCGGGCCGGGCCACCUGCGACUGCCCCAACUGCCAGGAGGCGGAGAGGCUGGGACCGGCGGGCGCGAGCCUGCGCCGCAAAGGGCUGCACAGCUGCCACAUCCCGGGCUGCGGGAAGGUGUACGGCAAAACGUCGCACCUGAAGGCGCACCUGCGGUGGCACACCGGCGAGAGGCCCUUCGUGUGUAACUGGCUCUUUUGCGGGAAGCGCUUCACGCGCUCCGACGAGCUGCAGCGGCACCUGCGCACGCACACGGGCGAGAAGCGCUUCGCGUGUCCCGUGUGCAACAAGCGCUUCAUGCGCAGCGACCACCUGAGCAAACACGUGAAAACCCACAGCGCCGGGGGCUCCGCGGGCUCGGGCUCCAGCAGCAGCGGGGGCAAAAGAGGCAGCGACACGGACAGCGAGCACAGUGUCCCCGGCAGCCCCUCGUGUCACUCGCCGGACCUGUUGCAGCACCCCGAGUCGGUGCAGGCGGCCGCUAGUAUAAAUGGCCACAGCAACUCUCUGGACUGA